UAAAACAACAAACAAUUUUCUUUUUUUUUUCCUCUCCUUUUUUCUUUUUUUUUUUUUUUUCUUUUUCCUCUCUCUUACUUUUUCUUUUUUAUAUUAGCCAAUGACAUCCCUUUUAGCUAUUCAAUAUGCAACACUCCCAGCAGAACGAAAUAUUUUAACAGUGAAAAAGAGUAACAAUCGAUUAGCUUAUGUGGAUGCACUUGUUGAUGCCAACGCCCUAGUGAUUGAGAGUAUUUGGAAGAUCCCAAAGAUGAAUACGAGUUCUGUGGUGCCUUUACGCACAUUUAUCCAAGAAGUCUUGAAGAGAAGCAGAACAACCUACUCGACGUUACAGACGGCAUUAUUUUAUUUAUUUCGUUCAAGACCUGAAAUUAAAUUACAUAUCGAAAGAAUGCAACAACAACAGUCCAAGUGGGAUGCAUAUGUUAGCUGUGGAAGACGCAUGUUCUUGGCUUCCCUUGUUGUAGCUUCCAAAUUCGUCCAGGAUAAAACCUAUCGUAAUUCAGCUUGGGCAAAAAUAGCAGGUUUACCAGUAUCUGAAAUCAAUGCAGCUGAACGUAUCUUUUUAAAUAUAAUUGAUUAUCGUCUUUAUAUUUCGCAACCGACAUUUGAGAAAUGGCAUCACUUGUUGCAUUUACAUGUGGAAGCAAAGACACUAAAUCAACCCAACAAUCUACAAGACUUUAGUAAUCUUGCUUUUGCCCCCGUACAAUUACAAGAAAAGCAUUCUUAUUCACCUACACACAGUAUCAACAAUAGUCCAGUUACACCCACAUGCUCUCCUCCUCACCCUAAGCAUCAUCCCCCUCGUUGGACACUUGUGCUCUCACCUACCAACUUUUUACCUCCUCCCGUGAACGAAAAGAACAAUCGAAAGCGACCUUAUUGCUAUAAUUAUCCUUUACCUGUUCUCUCCAUGUCACUGCCUAGUUCGAUUAAUUCAUCGCCAAUGCAGACACCUACACAAAUAUCACCUGUACGAAUGAAUGGUCAGUCCGUCUUUCACUGGUCUCCCAUGAACAAUAACAACAAUAACAAUAAUUAUAGCAACAAAAAGAGAAAGCUCACAUUAGACUCCAACACCACUCGUUCUUAUAAUAUCAGUCAUGUUAGACAACAAUCCAAAAGAUUUCACCCAUAAUUAUUAUCCCUUUUAUCCAUACUCUCCUCAACCAGUCCUCUCCUUUUGACAGCAAAAAAAAAAAAAAAAAAGACCCCCUCUUCGCGGCAAACAACAACUCUCCUUUUUUAUUAUGAGCAUUAUUAUAACCAUUUCCAUUCUUUGUUCAUCCUUUUUAUUCUUAUAUCUAUCCCCCACACACACCAAUUUAUUAUUUAUCUAUGACUUAUUGUUAUGCCUCUGUUCUUUAUUCUCUUUUUUUUUUUCUUUUUUUUUUUUGCCUUUUAUACAUAUAUAUCCCCACACACACACACACACACACACAUCAAAUUUUUUUUUUUUAUCUUUUUUUUUUAUUUUUAUUUUUUACCAAAA